AUGGCAUCAGCUGUGCCUAUUGAGCCUUUAGAUGGCAAGAAGAAGCUAGCCCACCAGAACAUGAACGAACUCGAGACAAUCUUCAACCGCUUCGACACCAACGGUAACGGCAAGAUCUCCGCUGACGAGCUCGACAGCGUGCUCCGGUCGCUCGGAUCCGACGUCUCUCCAGAGGACCUCCGCCAUGUCAUGGAAGACCUCGACACUGACCGCGACGACUUCAUCAACCUCAUGGAGUUCGUCGCCUUCUGCCGCUCCGAUGCCUCCAUCGACGGUGGAUCCAGCGAGUUCCGUGAUGCCUUCGAUCUCUACAACCGCGACAAAAAUGGCCUCAUCUCUACCGCGGAGCUCCACCUCGCGCUCAAUAGCCUCGACCUCAACUGUUUCGUCGAUGAAUGCCGUGUCACGAAUCGUUGUGUCAACUUCGAGGAGUUCAAGACGAUGAUGACGACCUCCAAGAAUCGCGGCGACGCCACGAAUGACUCCGUCCAUUAG